GAACCUCAGGAAGCCCAGGAGGGAUGGAGCCCACAGGAAUAUGGGGCCUUGAAUUUCCCUAGGAAUCAACCCUGGUAGCUCUUCAGGGUAUUCCCCCCACCCCAACCUCUGACACUGGGGCUCCAGGGAGUCAUAGGCUGGGAUGACUAAUGUCAGGCUGGAGGGUGGCUGGUGGAGAUGCAGCUUCAAAAGUCUGGGCUCUAGAUGGAUGCUUCAUCCUCCAACCCCCAAAGUAAUAAUGCCUUCAAGGCUCUCCCAAGUCCUCCUUGGGAUGGUCAGGAAUGCUCCCCCUUUCCCAGAGCAGCCAUUCACCAGAAGUUUGGGAUCUCUCCCACCAGACCUGGGAACAGUGAACUGGGAGAGGGACCAUCGUCCCCAAAGUUCCUGAACCUCCCUGGCCCAGGAUCGGCCUCAAGAGACACUGGCUCCCCCGUCAUCACGGAGAGUGACAUGGACCUCACAGCCGAUUUGUUGCCCUCUGGGAGGAUGCACUCCCAUCCACUCACUCUUCGGACCCCAGUGACUGAGAGCAUCCUUGGCCCUCCUUUGCCUGCUCCCUCACGGCCUGGGAGUCCCACCUCACAGGACCAGGAGAAGGAAGGGGUCGGUUCUGGCACCUUUGGCUCGAAAGCCCUGAGCCUCACAUCCACUUUGCCCUUCAGUCUGGGUACCAGUGGGGCCAUCUUCUUGGAAACACGGAAGCCACUGAAGGGGGACCCUGCACCUGAGAAGCCCUGGGGUCAAGCACAUUCCUGGGCAGGAGCCCCCUGGAGUCUGAGCUCAGACUCCAGACUGGGUCCUGUUCCUACUACUCUGCCCUGGGCUCUGGAUAAACCUUGGACCUUGCCUACUGACUCCUCUGCGUUACACAGGGAGGCACCGGAGCCUCCAUGGGCCUGUCCCUGGCCUGUGGACGUGAUGAUCAGGAAGGACCCAACAGGAGUGAUCCCUGGGGGGCAGGGAGAGCCCUUGGAUCCUGGGGCGGGACCUCAGGGAAAGGAGCAGGAGGGAGUAUCCUCAGAGGGACCUGGAGAGGACGCAGGAGAGGGGGAGAAUGGAUCGGUGGACAGGGGAGCCAGUUUAAAGGGAGAAGACUGCAAAACAGACUUUCAGAAGCCAAAGGCUGAUCAGGAGUGCUGGGUCAGUUCCCCGAAGCCCUCUGUGGAAGAGAGCUAUGGGCGCCAGGUACGGGAGGCGGGCUGCAUGCUUCUGGAAUGGCUCCGACGCCUCUUCCUGGACAGUGACGGCCACAGUUUUUCCCUACUGGACUCUGGCCUGGCCCUAACCACUGGUGGCCUUACCCUGACUGCUGGUAUCCAGGAACACUCCGGCCUGCGUGUGGCUUUCCUUACGAUGAGGAAUGGUCGGAAGCUAGGCAUGGCAUUCCCUGGCUCCAACCUCUUCUAUUACUACUCCUUGGGCCGCCACUUUUUUGUCACUGCCCAGCUGAGCAACCACUGGUUCCGAGUGCGAGACCGUGUUACUGGAGAGUGGAUGCUGAUGAAGAAGGUGCCCGUGGUCUCGGACUGGCAGAAGAUGCUCCAUCACUUUCUCUUCCUCCCCCCCGGGCCGGGGCUGCUGGUGCCCUACGCUGUUCUCUAUGACCGACAGGGCUCCCUGCUCUACCUUAUGGAGGACCCUGGAGUUCUGACCGUGGGGUGGCCGCCAGCGGCUCAGCAGCUGGACAGACUGAAGCGCCUCCUGGAGGUCCUGAGGUUCCUACAGUUCUGCCGACACCAAGGCCUGCAGCUGGAGGAAGUGAACUCAGCCCUGCUCCAUACCCACCAGGGAAUCCGUUUUGACCCCAGUGGACUCAGCAGCAAUGAAGGACCGUACUUCUUUAGGAAGACUUUGAGAAACGCCCUCCGGCUGGUAUGGAACACGCCACAGGAGGACACUCGAGCCACAGAGGCCUUGCUGGAGAGAAUGUGGAGGUGGCUGGAGGAGGACCUUGGCGACUGUGAGGAGCAUCUGGAUGAGGCCAGGACAUCUUCUCUCCAGGCUUGUACCCUGUGAACAAAGGCCAGCCCUCAGGGAACAGCACUGUAGAGCACCAAAGCACCCCAGCCUCUUAGAGUUGCCUCCUCAGACUGUUCUUCACUGCCCAUUUCACAGAAGGGGAUGCUGAGGUAGGGAGACUGUCCCCGCUUCCGUGGGACCCAAGAUCCUGAUUCCAGGCAUGCCCAGGGAUAGCGUCUAUCCCCCACAGAUCUGCCUCACACAAGGAGAACACUCUGGUCAUUCUCAGGGCUUUGCUCAGGGACCUGCUGGCCACAACUUCCUUAUUCACGUUGGGAGCCCAGCCACCCAGGCCCUGGGGUCCUUUAUCCAAGAACUGGGGGAGGGGGCUCCUUGCUCCCCUCUAACCUCCUCACACAAGUGCUAGGGGAAGGCAGGGCACCAGAGCUUUCCUGAAGAGAAGGGAAUGGCUCUGGGGGCCACCUCGGUGCUGUUUUUAUUUGGAAGACGCUGCCCCUCUCCUUCUCAGGCCUGGAUUUAUCCAAGAGCAGAAAUAUUGGCCAUCCCUCCCGCCCCUGGCCCAGGCGAGUAUCGGACAGGAAAGUGGGGUCUGUGUGGGCAUGGCUGGAAGGGCAAAGACACCCGUGAUCCAGGGUCAGGUGGCUUGGGGGGGGGAGGCACCCUUUUCCCAUCCCCUGACUUGGCUGGGGAGCAGGGAAGGGUGGUUGCAUCUCAGGCAAAGGCCAGCAGAGGGAACCCGAGGACCGAAGAAGACACUGGCUUGUGCCUCUGAGCUGGGGUGGCCAGUUACUGCCGGGGGUGGGGUUGACUUUCUCCCUCCUGGCACGAGAAGUGUGCUGGCCCCCCCUCCCCCCUCAGAUUUGCAGUGAGGCCCCCCUCUCCUUCCUGACCCCAAGGAAGAGGCUCAGAUGGAGGAGGAGCUUCUUUCCCAGCCCUGCUUUCCUCCCCCAGGGUGAGGACAGUAAAGAAAGAGGGGAGCUAGAGAUUAUGAAGAGCCACCCAGGCUCUCAGCCUCAGUUUCCCCUUUUGUGUCCCCAUUUCCCGAUGCUCAGGGAUCAAGGUGAGCUUGACCACUGGAACCAGGCCCUUCCCCUUUCUGCCUCUUCCUCUCCUUCAGACAAAACACGUUAACGAUGGGGCACCGGACCUAGGCUAGCUUCAGAAGGUCUAUGAGGAUAAAGAGGGACCAGGAGGGAGAGGGAAGAAAGGGAGAUAGAGGAAAAAGCAACAGAGAUGGGGGUGGGGGAGAGCUGCUUUGGGCUCCUGUCGGGGGUCCCAGCUCCUGCUCUGCCGAUGAGGGCCCCCUGCCCCCUCUCUUCCAGCCAAGGCCAGUGGUCCUGGCCAAUAUCCCUGAAGCUCUCCCGUGCCUGUCACCUUCCCUCUCAGCCCCCCACCCCACCGCAGGUGAUUUAUGGCUGGACCAGCCCCGGUGACCUUGGAUAUAGGAUAACUAAUGACAGGUCAAUAGCACUACAGAAUGGGGGUGGCGGGAGGGGGAGCCUGGCUGUUGUCCAUUAACCAGGCCGGUUGGAGGACCCCCCCCAGCGCCCCCCAGCCUUUAGUCAGAGCCAUCUAUUGGGGGAGGACGGCAGAUGUCUUCUCUUUCUUCCGUUGGCACCUCCAGCCCUGCCUCAGAUUUUAGCCCUGGAGUAGCCAGGGGUUUCUGGGAUGUUCCCCAGACCCCUUCCGGGAACAGUGGCUCUCUGAGCUGGGCCCCUGGAGCACGGACAGCCGUGGCAGGAGGCAGGAGGAAGUCAGAUGAGAGGAUUCGGAGGUUUGGGAGCUGGAUUGGGGUGGCCCUGAGAGGCCUCUCCCGACCCCGGGGGCAAACCAGGGUUUGUCGGGAGUCCUGGGCUGCAUCCGAUGCCUUCCAGCUGGAACUCUAGUUUGGGAGACAAACGUGGCCUCACCUUGGGGGUCCGUCUUGUCCAUUCUAUUCCCAAUAUUCUUUGCUCCGACGGGGUUAGAAAGGGCCCUGCCCCUACCUUUAGAGCUCCCUCCCCUCCCGGACCACUUCCAGGGCCAGGAGGCGGCCCAACACUCAUUCUAGUGGGGUGGGGAUGGCGGGGGGAACAAGGGCGUGGCUCUUACCCAGACUCCUCCCCCUGGGCAGGGGCGCGGGUUCAGGUGAUGGGGGGGGAGGUCAGCAUGUGGGGACGUUUGUGUGUGUUUGCGUGCACAAAUGAGCAUUGUUAGCCCUCCCCCCCGCCAUUGCUGUUUUUGUUUCUUCUCAGUCUCUCCCCUCCCUCUCUGUCUGUCUCCCUGUCUCCCUCUAUGUCCCCCCACCAACCCCCCGCCAUCUGUGAUUGGUAAUGUCGCAUCUCCCCCUCCCCCUUCUUCUAGCUAAGCCCGAGUCGAUUUGGGGGAGGGGGAGCAGGCCAUCCAUCUCUGGUUAUUACAGCCUAAUUGAGGGAAGGGGGUGGGCGGAGCGGCGGGCUCGGGGAGGGGGGGCGUCUUUCGGGAGGGGACAGGGAUGAGGGGGGGCGGGCACUGGGCGGGGGAGACUGGGAGGGGAGCUGGGGGGCCCGGGCCAUCCAUCUCCGGUUAUUACAGCCUAAUGGGGCCGCGCGGAGCCCGCACAUUUGUCAUCGGCCUCGUUCGCUGAUAACGGGCAUUUGUCAUCACUUCCCCCGCGUCCGUGGCCGUGUCCGCGUCCGUGGCACCGUUGGCAUCCAGGGAGCGGGGUGGGGGUGCUGCAGAGGGUGUCGGACACAAAAAACCCAGGAAAGGAGGGUUUGCCACUCGGCUCCCUCCUCCACCUCCCCAACACUCACUGGGCGUCAUCAUCUGUCACCAUUAUAUUUCCAACUGCAGGACAUGCAAUCUCUCUCUCUCUCUCUCCCUCUCUCCCUCUCUCUCUCUUCUUCCCUCUUUCUCUCUCUCUGUGUCUCUGUCUGUCUGUCUCUCUCUCUCUUCCUCCCUCUCUCUGUAUCUCUCUCCCUCUCUCUCUCUUCUUCCCUCUUUCUCUCUCUCUGUGUCUCUGUCUGUCUGUCUCUCUCUCUCUUCCUCCCUCUCUCUGUAUCUCUCUCCCUCUCUCCCUCUCUCUCUCUUCUUCCCUCUUUCUCUCUGUGUCUCUGUCUGUCUGUCUCUCUCUCUCUCUCUUCCUCCCUCUCUCUGUAUCUCUCUCCCUCUCUCUCUCUUCUUCCCUCUUUCUCUCUCUCUGUGUCUCUGUCUGUCUGUCUGUCUCUCUCUUCCUCCCUCUCUCUGUAUCUCUCUCCCUCUCUCCCUCUCUCUCUCUUCUUCCCUCUUUCUCUCUCUCUGUGUCUCUGUCUGUCUGUCUCUCUCUCUCUCUCUUCCUCCCUCUCUCUGUAUCUCUCUCCCUCUCUCUCUCUUCUUCCCUCUUUCUCUCUCUCUGUGUCUCUGUCUGUCUGUCUGUCUCUCUCUCUCUCUCUCUCUGUGUCUCUCUGUCUGUCUCUCUCCCUCUCUUCUCUCUCUCUCUCCCUCUCUCUUUCUGUUUCCCUCCCUCUUUCUGAUUCUCUCUUUUUGUUUCUGUUUUUCUCCCUGUUCCUUUGUUUCUCUCUGUCUGUCUUUCUCUUCUGCCUCUCCUCCCUCUCUCUGGCUCUGGCUCUGUUUCUGUCUCUCUCUGCCCCCCCCCCCCAGGCGUCUUUGUCAUUGAUGUCCCUGUGAGUGCAGGUGAUCCAGACUUGUGUGAUCAGCAUUCACUGAGGCAGCUAAGUCGGUCACUGGGUGUGGGUGUGCUUCCCUAAGGCAAAGUGGGACAAUCACAUACCAGGAGGCAGCAGCACAUCAGGGUUUUAAAGCUCUGGGGUGCUGAGGAGGCGGCGGGGCAGGGGCUAAGUGUGGGACCAGAGGCCCCUCCCCCCAGGGUCACCACUGGAGGCUGUCGGCAAGGGAACGGGCCAGGCUUUGGGUCUAGUCCCGUAGUAGUGUGGCGGUCACAGGACGUGCCCUGUGGGAGUGAAAGCAGCCUUUGGGUCCUGUCCUCACGGCCAUGUUGGGGAGCCGAGUGGCCAUCUCUGUGGGGUCAUGGGACGCUGGAAUGGCCUAGAGCAGGAAGAGUUUAGGCAGGACACCAAGAAAGCCUUCUCAGAGGGCACGAGGGGUCCCUGGCUAGAGGGGAAGAGCAGCUCCUGGAAAGAGCCCUCAGAUGGCCAUCAAAGUCCUUUUGGUGGAGGCUCCAUUUUGAGGGGAGACGGUAGAACUGGCUGGGAAUGAGGUAGGGCCUCUGAGUGAGGCCACGGCCUCCUUCUCACUCAGACUCUUUUCAGAGGGAACCUCCUGGCCUCCCUCCACCUACCCUCCUUUGCCCAGGCCCCCCAAACUCCGCACGGUUUCCUUUCUAUCUCUUGGUGUCUCCCUUCUGUGUGCUGCCCCAGCUUCCUUCCCCUGGGGAAUGGGGGCCAGCAGUGGGCAGGGCCCUGGCAGGAGAGGGGGAGGUAGGGCUGCGGGGGUGGGCAGGAGCUGGGGAGGGUCCCUGGCGGGAGGGGAGUUGGCUCGGGUUGCUUGUUCCUUGUAAAUGAAGACCAUAAUUAACAUUAAAUUAAGGUAAUACAAAUGAAGAGAACACAGAGGCUGACAAGACGAGCGUUUGGGGAGGCAGCGGGGAGACGUGAUUCAUAUUUUUAAUUUACUGUGUGGAUGGGCUGGGUGGCUGGGGAUCGGGCGGGUGGUGGCAAGAACGGAGGGGGUGUUGGGCCGUGCCGCGCCGCGCAGCUCUGUACCAGGGGCUCCGAGCACAAAGUGACUAUUAAACUCAACUGUCCAUAUAAUGGGACAGACUCAACACGAAGCCAGGGCCGCCGGGAGCCUCCUGUCCAGGCCAGGCCGUAAAUCCUGGCGAGGAUGCAGCCCGGGCCAGGCCCAGAGUCCGGGACCCGGGCAUCGCCCCUUCCCAGGGUCUGGCGUCCCGGGCCCAGGCCUCGGAACCCGGGGGCGGCUCCAGGAAAGGAGCCGGGGUCAUCGUUCCUUGACGGGAUGCUGCGGGGCCUGAGUCAGAUUCCCAGGACUCAAAGUUGGGGCUGAUGACGCUCAUGGCCUGGGCUACAAUCCAGAGCCUGCCGAAGGUUCUAGUGUGGAAAGAGGGCAAGAAAAGCUUCGGAUCUGGGGUAACGGUGGCACAGAGGGCCAGCUCCUUCCCCUGGCUGGGAUGGAGGGGAGGGAAGGGGUCUGAGACCUCGCCUGGCCUCUAGUUCAGUGUGGCUGAGAGGCCUGGAGAGAUUAGGAGAGCCCUUCUGGGAGCUCAGACCGAUGUUGGAGCUGCAGGAUCUGGACUUCCUGUUGGCCUUCUAGGAGUCCCUGACCCAAACGUGAGGGAGCCCCAAGCCUUCCCAGAGUCUGUUCAUGUGAAAUCCCAAAGUCCUCCAGGAAAAGCCCAAAAGCUGUUGCAGAGGAUCCAGGCCUGGACUUUGGUGCUCAGGAUCUCAAAGCCCCCUCGAAUGAGGAUUCUGCUUCUCCCCCAUGUUCCAAACCCAUCUGAAUGGCUCACAAUGGACAGGGAGAAGGUUGGAGGCUGGGAUGAGCCGUGCCACAGCCUGGCAGCUUUAGGAAGAUGGUAGCCCCAUCCCCAUCUCCUACUGAAGCUUCCACGGGAGGGGACCCCCUGGCCUCUGACCCCCUCAGAGUCCGGCCUCUGCCUCAAGAGAGGACUGAAGGCUUGGAGAGGCGGAGGCUGGGAGUGAUUCCCGCAUUCCUGGGAUGUGUAAUUUAGGUUUUGAUAUUACAAAAGUCUCGCUGCUCUGACACAGCAGGCGCCUGGCGCCUCAUUAAUAAAGGAUAAACUCGGAGUCUAUUUACAGGCACUUUUUGGGGUUAUUUACUCUCCAAUAUACAUAUGUAAUGCGGUGCAUACUUACCGCAUGCUUUCCGCUGGCACAGGCUAGGCUAGCACUGCCUGCAUGGAGGGAGGGGCGGCUUUCAGGAUUUCAGAGCCCAGAUCCUCUUCCUGUCACCUUCUUCCUCCUCACCCCCAAUGACAUCUCCCUCCCUGCCCUCUACACCGCCCUUUCCCAUCAAAAGAUGUGGGGAAUUCUGCUUCCCUAUGCCCUUUGCGCCCAUCCCCUCCUCUUCCAUCAGUGACCCACCACUUGGUAGAUCAGCCUCUGGCAGCCUCUCACUCACUUUAUUUAUAGCCUCUUCUCUGGUCUCCUUCCUCCAUUCUCUUCCCAUUUAGGAGCUUUCUUCAAGUCACCUUCCAAGCAGCCUUCAGACUAGGUCAUUGAUCAUGUUUCCUCUUUGGCUAAAAAAUCUUCAGUAGCUCCCUAUGGCCUAGGAGGUAAAAUCCAAACUUCUCAGUCUGCCAUUCAAGGCCCUCCAAAAUCUGGCUUCAGCCAAUCUUUCCAGAAUGAUCUCAUGCUGCUGCCUUCAUUCUAGCCAAAUUUAGGUGCUCAUUGUCUUCAGGAUUGGAAUGGACUCUACCCCUACCCCACUUUCCCUUUCUCUGCUUGGUAAAAUCUUGCCCUAAAAAAAGUACUAGCUCUAGAGUUCAAAGACCUGGGUUUAAAUCCUGCCUUUGGCAUUAUCAAGGUGGCCUUGGACAAGUAAUUUCACCUCUCUGGGCCUUGGUUUCCUCAUCUGUAAAAUGGAGGGGUUGUACUAGACAGUCUCUAAGGACCUUUCCAGCUUUCUGUGUUCUUACAUGCGAUACAGAUGUCUAUCGUCAUUACUGUGAGUCUCCCUAGCUAAAAGUGGUCCCUUCUCUCCUCCAUUUUUGCCUUAGUACUUUGCACCUAGGCUCCUUUGCUCUACUCACAUUCUCUCUUUCCUUUGUUUAUGGAACUCUGUACUUGACCGCCAUUAAGUUGUUUCAUCAUGGCUGACUCUCCGUGACCCUUUUUGGGGUUUUCUUGGCAGAGAUACUGGCGUGGUCUGCCAUUUCCUUCUCCAGCUCAUUUUACAGAUGAGGAGACUGAGGCAAACAAGGUUAAGUGACUUGCCCAGGGAAACACAUCUAGUUAGUGUCUGAGACUAGAUUUGAAAUCAGGAGGAGUCUUUCUGAUCCACCCAUCCUUAGCCAUAUUUCCACUGUACCUCUUUUGCACUUGGGUCUUCCAAAACAGAUUCAAAGUUCUUGUUGCAUAGUUUCCAGGCUCUUCUGUAGCACUGGAAAGCAGCCCAGAGGCCAUCUAGUCUAAUGCCCUCCCAGGAACAAUACUUCCUAGGACCCUGCCAUGUAGGCUUCCUGUUUCCCAAAGCCCUUCCUCACACUGGGUAAGACUAAUUCUGUAGAAAAGAAUGAAGUCAAAUCCUUCAGCUAAUCAAGUGUUUUCUUGAGACCUGUCUGGCUAGGGGGACUGGCUCAGGUCCUUGAAUUGGCUUUGUUUGUUUAUCUGAGCACACAAGGCUUCGGCUCUAUUUCUCAGGCAUUUGACCAUGGAACAGCAUCUUGAUGAACACAAUAAAGCUGUGUCUGUUGUCCUCACUGAACAUCAUUGUUCAAUGGCUUUCUGCUAUGGCUAAGUGAGCCUCCUUUGGGUAACUGGGAAAUGACCAACAAGUGCCUCAUUUCAUUCCAUUAUUGGUCCUAAACUACCAAGGAGUCAGUCAACCAGAGCAGCUCCUCACCCUUUCACCAAAGGGAGGCAGGUACCUUUCUCCUAUCUCUUCAUGGUCCUUAUAAUUGCACAGCUUCCAGUUUCCAGGGUUUUGCUAUUAUUCUUUGCCAUUUAUAUUGCUCUAGUCAUUGUGUAGAUUGUCUUCCUGGACUCUGCUUACUUCACUUUGAAUCAGUUCAUAGAUUUCUUCCCAUGCUUCUUGAGAGGCCAGUCCCCAAAGGGUAGCACUGGGCAGGGGGAGAAGGUUUCCCUUUAAAGGCUGUCUCGCCAGCAACUUGGAUGGAAGGAGGUAGUCUUAUGCCAGGCAAACACCAUCUAGAUAAGGAAUUUAAGGAAUGCUUCUUUUAUAUCAAGGAAUUUAGUGGGAAGGUGCCCCUUACAUGGCACAGAUUCUUCUUUCUUGGGCUUGACUCAUACUCACUCUAGCCUUAAAGGUUUAUGUCUACUAGGUCUAGGUGGUCAGGGUAUCCAUAUGAAGAUGCAUGUGUUAUAUACAUCAACAUAUAUGCACACACAUAUGUACUAUAUACACAUGUGUGUAAGCACAUAUAUACAGAUGUCAUAUCUAUGUUACUAAUCUCUUCUCUUUAUGAAGGGGGGUACUCAAGAGCUCCUUGUUAAAUUCUCAGUGUGAGCACUUACUCUUUGGAAAUAGAUAAACACUAUAAAUCAGGGUUGUUGAUUUAUUGUUUUGUUGAUUAUGUAGACUUAAGAAAGUGAUAGAGAAAAUGUUAAUAAUUCAUAUUAAACUUAAAAGUACAUGGUAUCUACAUCUUUUCCUGAAUCCUGGUUGUUAUACAUUUAGCAUCACAUAUCCAUGUUAAUGGAAAUUUGCACUUGCUCAGGGUUAUGAUUUCUUUCUUUUGGAAAUUUUUGUUUUUCCAUUUUUUCUAAUUACAUGUAAAAACAAUUUUCAACAUUCAUUUAAAAGUUUUUUGAGUUUCAAAUUUUCUCUCUCCCUUCUCUCUUCCUGCUUGCUUUCUCAAAAUUGCUUAUUUGACAUAGAUUACACAUGUGCAAUUUAUGCAAAAUAUAUUUCCAUAUUACUUAUGUUGUCAAAGAAAACAGAGACCAAAAAAGAAAAAUAAAGUUAAAAAAAUAUGUCUCCAUUCAGACUUCA